CCGAGGGCGGAAAUGCUCGCGGCGGAAGUGGUAGCUGCGCAAGUUGUGGGUGGAAUGACAGCGGGCCGGCUCCUUCGAAGGCUGUUGCGAGCACCUUCCAGCUCCAUGGUUCGGAGCGCAGUCCGUGGCGUGUGCCCCUCCAGGGGCUUGCACGCGGAGUGCGGGCCUCGAAGGCUCUCCAUCGAAGGAAAUAUUGCCGUGGGAAAGUCCACCUUUGUGAAGUUACUCACGAAAACUUACCCCGAGUGGCACAUAGCUCCAGAGCCUGUAGCGACAUGGCAGAGUGUCCAGGCUGCUGGCACCCAAAAAGCCUUCACUGCCCAGAGUCUUGGAAACUUGCUGGAUAUGAUGUACCAGGAGCCAGCUCGAUGGUCCUACACAUUCCAGACGUUUUCUUUUAUGAGCCGCCUGAAAGUACAGCUGGAGCCCUUUCCUGAGAAACUGUUACAGGCCAAGAAGGCGGUACAGAUCUUCGAGAGGUCCGUGUACAGUGACAGGUAUAUCUUUGCGAAGAAUCUUUUUGAAAAUGGUUCCCUCAGUGACCUCGAAUGGUGCAUCUAUCAAGAUUGGCAUUCUCUUCUCCUGCGGGAGUUUGCCGGCCGGCUGAGAUUACAUGGCUUCAUCUACCUCCAGGCUACUCCCCAGGUUUGUUUGAAGAGACUCCACCAGAGGGCCAGGAAAGAGGAGAAGGGAGUUGAGCUGGCGUAUCUGGAGCAGCUUCAUGGUCAGCACGAAGCCUGGCUUGUUCACAAGACAACUGAGCUCCACUUUGAGGCUCUGCUGAACAUUCCAGUGCUGGUGUUGGAUGUCAAUGAAGAUUUUUCUGAAGAAGUAACCAAACAAGAGGAACUCAUGAAAAAGGUAAACACCUUUGUAAAGAAUCUGUAACCAGUACUGGGAUGUUCUGGCCAUGACUUGGGCUCUCUGACUUUCUAAAGCUGGAAAAAUCCUAAGUCCUGUACCUUGCCAUCUCCUUUUACCCCUAGAGUCCUCUGACCCUCGGAUCCCUGGUUUGUGUUAGCCUUUGACUUUGCAAUUCCCGUCUUUUAUAUCUCAAGGACUUCUAAAAUAAAGUGGAAGUUUUGCUUCUUUUGCUAA